UUUUUUAAACCAAAAAAAAAAAAAUCAACAAAUAUCUUCCUCCUCCUCCUCCUCCCAUCGCAUCGACAAAAACACACACACAACACGCACUCACUCAUAUUCUCUCUCUAGCAUUCGCAUCGGAGAGCACCAGAAAGAAAUGGCGCCGCCAGAGCCUGAAGGGCAAGUUCAGCAACGAAGACAACCACAACAACAAGGUGGUUUCUCUUCGAUGAUCACCGGAGUCAUAAGGAUGGCUGUGUUUUGGUACUUCGCUUCCAAAUUCUUCUCUCCCAAACGCCCCUCUGGCUCUGAACCCUCUCAGCUCAUCUCCAAUCUCUUCCACAAAUCCGAGCCUCUCGAUAUGUGGUUUUAUGUUUCGGAAAACGAAAAGUUCAAUGAUUUCGCGAAUGAAGCUGCACUUAUGUGGCAUGAAAGUAAUAUUCCGUACGCUGUUUGGGGAUCGGAGAGUACCAGGUCUCUUUCUUUGAAGUAUUCUCCGUCUGAGGCUGUAAAGAACAAUGGGAGUCUAUAUGCUCACGUUUACUUUGCACGCUCUGGAUACCCCGCCGACCCAAAUGAUCCAGAGUACCAACCUCUAGCUGCAUUCGGAAGGACACACUCUAUCGUAGCAUACUUUCCCAAGUCAAGAGCGGAUAAAAAGAAGAGUUUAUUGGGGAACAAAGAUUCGGAUGAGGGUGGAACUGUGACCAAGGUGGUUGAUGAAACUCAAGGUGAUUCUGAAGAUGAUAAACCUGUGGAGUGGGUUUCUUAUUGGAAACCAAAUAUUACAAUCAAUUUAGUAGAUGAUUUUACACGAUACCCUCAUAAUGCUGUACCACCAAACAUUGCUCCUUACUUGAAUGUUGAGCCUAGUACAGGGAACUACUACCCAAGUGUUUUCUUCAAUGAGUUUUGGUUACUUAGAGACAAGUUGAUACAAAUUAAUGAGACAGUGACAGAGUUGCCACUUAAUCUGGAGGUGGGUCCCAUAAGCAUGACAAAGUGGCAACUAUUCCUGCAGAUUGACCAAUCUUUCCAGAUUCACCGUAGUUAUGGAAGCAUGCUUGAAGGCGAGGCUGAUGAGUUAAAGAGGGUGUUCUUGGAAGGAAAUCCAUACCUCCUGGCAAUCACAAUGGUUGUUUCUUUACUUCAUUCAGUGUUUGACUUCUUGGCAUUCAAGAAUGAUAUCCAAUUUUGGAACAAAAAUAAGUCUAUGGAAGGACUGUCUGCAAAGUCUGUUGUUGUGAGCUUUAUAUGUCAGCUCAUUGUUUUCCUCUAUCUACUUGAUAAUGACACCUCGUGGAUGAUUCUUGCAAGUUCUGGAAUUGGUUGCUGUAUUGAGUUUUGGAAAAUUGGGAAGGCUAUGCACAUAGAGAUUGAUAGAAGUGGGAGAAUACCUAUGUUGAGGUUCCGGAAUCGUGACUCUUAUACACAAAAUAAGACAAAGGAGUAUGAUGAUAUGGCAAUGAAGUAUUUGUCCUAUGUGCUCUUCUUACUUGUUGCAUGUUCCUCUAUUUACUCACUCAUGUAUGAGCGCCACAGGAGCUGGUAUUCCUGGAUCCUUUCUUCAUUGACUAGCUGUGUGUACAUGUUUGGUUUUAUAAUGAUGUGCCCUCAAUUGUUCAUAAAUUAUAAGCUGAAGUCUGUGGCCCAUCUACCCUGGAGGCAGAUGACAUACAAAUUCCUCAACACCAUCAUUGAUGAUCUCUUUGCUUUUGUCAUAAAAAUGCCCACACUACAUCGGCUGUCUGUCUUUCGUGAUGAUGUUAUAUUUUUGAUAUAUGUAUACCAAAGAUGGAUAUAUCCAGUGGACAAGAGACGUGUAAACGAAUUUGGUUUUGUUGGUGAGGAUGAUCAGGUUGCUGAAGGUGCAGAGGUGACUGCCACAAAGGAAGAAGAGAAGAAAACCAACUGAGAUGGUUUUCAAUUUUGGUGGUGAGGAUGAUCAGGUUGCUGAUGCUGCAGUGGUGACUGUUACCACAAAGGAAGAAGAGAAGAAAACCGACUGAGGUUGUUUUCAAUUUAUCAAUCGGAACCAUAUUACAGCACGAACUGUAAUAUUUAGUUAGGAUAACAUUUUUUUUUUCUUGAUUUGUUUUACAUAUUCACAUUAGAAUGUUGAUUCUAGGCCAUUGGCUCCUCUUCUGGAAGAAUUUUGUGGCCCAGGAGGAUAAGAGAAUGUGUGUUUUGUGUGUUUUUCUUUAAAUUAAUUUUUGGUGUACUAAAUUAAUUAUGCAACAUUUUUGUAA